AUGCGGUACCUCGGUUUCAUUUUCUUCACGCAAAUCGGUAAGAGAGCGACGGAGAGACGGAGUGGAGAGACAGAGGAGACACAGUCAGAGCCAGACAGAGCACUCCUCCAGGACGCUGCGGGGAUCUGGUUUUUGGUAAUAUUACCGACCGACUAUCCCAUUUUCUAUCAAUUUACCGCAGACACCCUGCCCUCUAUUGCCAUGUCCGCCGCUCUCGAAACCGCGGUGAAGGCUUCAGAGCCCGCAUCACAGGCACCCAAGGGCAUGCGGAAAAAUGGCAAAAACUGGCACGGUACCAAAACACCCUUCCGCCCAACUGCCGGUCAGACGUCAUAUUUAAAACGCCUCGAGGAACGAAAGGCCCGUGACGUUAUGAAAGAAAGGGAAAAAGAAAUGAAAGAUGAGAAAGAGGCUGAGCGUCAGAGACGGAUACAGGCUAUCAGAGAUCGCCGGGCCGCCAAGGAGGAGAAGUUACGGUAUGAGAAGAUGGCGGAGAAGAUGCAUAGGAAACGAGUAGAACGGCUCAAGCGGAGAGAGAAAAGGAAUAAACUUCUCAAUUCUUGA